UUCCUGGUGCACGAUUUCAGUUUAGUAGUAUCUUCAAAGUUCGCAAGGACGACGUGUUAUUGUGGAUGCCAAAGAAUUUGACCCCUGAAAGUCAAACUAGAUUUAUUUUUGUCUACCGUUCUCUAACUUUCUUCGUUCGAAUAAGCUUUCGUCGAAUUUCAAGGACAGAUGUUUUAACCAGUUUCAGUAAUUCCACAAACGUCAAGUCAUCUGAAACCGAGGCCAUGGUCCGUGUUUUGACGUUGAUGAUGAUGAUGAUGAUGAUGUUCCUGAAGCAGACUAGAGCCAGUGGAUCUAUGAUGCCGAUAGUCAGUUCGGAUAUUUCAGCUGAAGUACCCGAUGCCGUGGGGAAUAGCAACGCGGCCCCACCUGAAGUACCCGAUGAGAUUGGGAAUAGCAACGCGGCCCCACCUGAAGUAUCCGAUGAGGUGAGGCAUAGCAACGCGGCCCCACCACCCGAUGAGGUGAGGCAUAGCAACACGGCCCCAACCACAACUACACCAAGUAAGCCGACUUCAACUUCUACAUCAGUUUCAACGUCUACAACGACAAGUGAAGCGACCACUUCAACGACUACAACAACUGAGAUUACCACAGCAUCGUCUACAACGACAAGUGAACCGACUACUUCAACGUCUACAAGAGCUGAGCUGACCACAGCAACGUCUCCAACGACAAGUGAACCGACCACUUCAACGCCUACACCAACUGAGCUGACCACAGCAACGUCUCCAACGACAAGUGAACCGACCACUUCAGCGUCUACAACAACUGUGCUGACCACAUCAACGUCUCAAACGACAAAUGAACCAACCACUUCAACGCCUACAACUGAGCUGACCACAGCAACGUCUCCAACGACCAGUGAACCAACUACUUCAACGCCUACACCAACUGAGCUGACCACAGCAACGUCUACAACGACAAGUGAACCGACCACUUCAGCGUCUACAACAACUGUGCUGACCACAACAACGUCUCCAACGACAAAUGAACCGACCACUUCAACGCCUACAACAACUGAGCUGACCACAGCAACGUCUCCAAAGACAAGUGAACCGACCACUUCAACGCCUACACCAACUGAGCUGACCACAGCAACGUCUCCAACGACAAGUGAACCGACCACUUCAGCGUCUACAACAACUGUGCUGACCACAUCAACGUCUCAAACGACAAAUGAACCGACCACUUCAACGCCUACAACUGAGCUGACCACAGCAACGUCUCCAACGACAAGUGAACCAACUACUUCAACGCCUACACCAACUGAGCUGAGCACAGCAACGUCUACAACGACAAGUGAACCGACCACUUCAGCUUCUACAACAACUGAGCUGACCACAGCAACGUCUCAAGCGACAAGUGAACCGACGACUUCAACGACUACAACAAGCGAGCUGACUACAUCAACGUCUACAUCGACAUCAAUGUUUACAACGACAAGUGCCCCGACUUCAAUUUCGACAUCGGCUACGACAUCCACAACGACAAGUGCACCGACCACUUCAACGUCCACAAUGAGUGAACUGACUACUUCAACGUCUACAAGUGAGCCCACUUCUUCAACCUCAACUUCUACAUCAACGUCUACAACAACUCAGCCGUCAAGCUCAACAUCAUCCUCAACCAUAGCAACAACAGCUACAACAGCGAACUCCAAUCUGUCGCCUUACCAGCAAGCAAGGAUUGAUUUCUUAGUUUCCUGUCGGAACGUCAGUUCCGGUUUCCGCCAGCAGAUGGACAGUGUGACCACAUUCACGCAGAUCUACACACACCAGCUGUCUAGUAGACCAAGUUGUUCUGCCCUGUGUGAAAUGAUGUCUGGGUGCAGCCUGUUCACAUACCUGUCGGGCAGCUGUUCUAUAUAUGAAGCGAACCCAUCAGGAAGUAUUAUAUCUGGAGAGGUUUGGGUGAAAUGAGUUUCGUACAACAGCACAUACGUGAGUUGCUAUCUUCUCACGGGGCACGGGGCACGGAGCACAGGGCACGGGGCACAGGCCGAGGUGUCUAAAUCGUGACAAUGCUAUGCAGUGUUGCCUCCCUUAGUCGUGCCAGGAUCCGACGAUCGUGGUAAAAAUGGAGAACCGUCCUGAUUAUGAGUGUUUGUGUGUUUCGCCAUCAUUGCAUCAUAUUUAGCUUUUCUCCCACAUCAAGUCGACACUCCGUGAUAUAACUGAAAUACUGUCAAAAAGCGACGUUAGACCAAACUCUCACUCACUUGUGAAUAAAAAAAAAUAAUUGCA